AUGCGGAAAGGUGAUUGCCUGCCUCAGGCUGUCACCAUGACCUCCAAAUGUCACCCAUCCAGCACAACCAGCAUCCCUAGAAACACUGUCAUGCAAAGUAAGAGUACACUUCAUACUACCGAAGGAGAAGGGGUCAAUGUGAUCUGUACAAACUUCAUUGUUGAACAAAACAAAUAAUUUUCACUUCAUAUUUCAAAGAACCAAUUAUUUCAGGGAGAGAGAACUAAAAACACCCCAUGAUUGACAUUGCACAUUACCUCACUGAUAAGGUUACUGUGACAUUGCAGUAAAUGUUCUGUUCGUGCUGACACCAUGUGCAGAUGGUAACAAAAUUAGGCCAAAGUUAAAACAUCAUCACCACAUAAACACAUCCACCAAAAGAACAGCUGAGAGGGAGUGAGAGGCACUUUCUGUUGUGUAGGGGUAAUUAUACCCUGCGACCAACCAACCAUCUCAUCUGCCCUGGCAGUUGGCAAAGAAAGGUAGUUUUGUGUUGGCCGUUGACAAGUCACUAUAGAGUCACAGGUUGACAGGCGCGCUGUGCACACUUCCACGAGUGGCAAACAACGUGACAGAGUUGAGAGCAAGGAAAGUUGUAGAUAUAAGCUGUCCUCUCCCCCUUAUAGUACAGUACGACUUGUCGCUGUAUUCAGGGUUCCUGUAGGGUGACUAGAGUCACUAUCUCCACCCACUCCAAGUAUUAGACAUGUUGAUAGAUGACACACUUAGAAAGCCCUGGUUACUCACUGCUCGUUCCUGAGGUUACAGGGAUGUAUUAGAGGGAUGGAUGAGUGUCGUGAGCUUCCCUUGACUAACGUCUGCCACGGCCACUGAUUACAAAAGGAUCAGGACCUCUUGAUGGAGUCCUGAGGACCACAAUUAUCCUUACACAGUCUCAGUUUUCCUGUGUUACAGAGCUUGUGUUGUAAGACACAUGAACUGAAGCAUUAUUUUCCUAGAAGAUGCAAAAUAUUGAACACGUCAUGAGAGUGUCAUGAUUGUUAGAAUGCUGUGACUCAGCAAGACUUAACCAUGGGCAUAUUCAUGUGCACUCAAAACCUGCUGAAUCAUAGGUUUAGGUGCUGUAUGGCAGUAUCAAACAGUUGUCUUAUUCAGCAGUUUACUUGGGUAGGUAGAGCUGGAAGGGCAUGUACAUGUAUGCAACAACAUUUAAAAAAGUUUACCAAGCAUGAAAAAAACACAGUUAUAUUAUAACAAGAUUUAUACGAAAAUAUAUUUUAUUUAAAGUUACAGUUGAUUUAGAGAUCAGCAGAAGGCCACCUUCUGAUUCAUUGAAUAAUUAAUUAUUCUGAAAAGAGUAAUGUAAUAUAAUCAUAUUAAUUUAUACCACUUAGCAGAUGCUUUUAUCCAAGGAGAUUGACAGUAUAGUGACUGCAUUCAUUUUUCAGUAUGUGAAUGUGAUCCGUGUGGGAAUUGAACCCAGGACCUUAACGUUGCUCUUACCCACACAUUUCAUCAUGCUUGCAUGCAACUGGCUUGCAUGCACACCUGACAGGGGCUGUGACCUCUGCAGAAUGAGCAAUGACAGAUUACUUGCAGAGCCGUCCAAAAGGCACUGCCAACCGAUCCCACAUGCAAACUUGCAGUAUACACACAACCACACACACUGGCUGUUCAUUAAGCUGCAAUAUUGAUAUUGAACCAUACGUGUUGCACAGUAGCUAUAAAAUACAAAAAUGGGAAGCUAAAUUGAUACUGAUCGAAUGCUCUUAUUCUGCCCUGUGACAUAGCAGCAGCUCUUAUAUGUCAUCACGCUUUACAAUCUAAGAGUGCAUAAGUGACUAAGUGAGUCAGAGAGGUUCCAGUCAUAUAGAACAUGGUAUAAUCUUUACGGCUCACCAAAUGGAUGAUAGGGCAUAUAGUACUCUCCCACAAAUCCGUAUGAAAUCAGUGAGCAAUGUACAGCGUGUGUCAAACUGGCACUACAGUAAACAUCUGAUCCUGCUUCCACUUGACUGGAGUCCUGGAUGUACCAGAUGGUGUGCCUUUUCACCAUAUUCUCAUUAAUUAUACGUGUAAAUAGAUGUGUAUGCACAUCUAUCAUCUAGACUGUGAUGUAACAAGAACUGCUAUACCCAUGGCGCUCAAAAUAACAGAUGAACAUAGAACAAUAUAAUAAAUGUUAUAUAUGUUAGAAAACAGAUUCAAGGCACUAGUGAAAUGUAACACUUAGCACGUAUCACGUUUUUACUUCCUAUCUACAGCUCAAGGUUUCAGGUAAAGUAACAUUGGAAAGCAUUGUUGAGUCAUUGAACAAUCUGAUUGGAGGUGCUGGUAUGCAUAGACUAACACGAUUUCAAUUCUGGGAUGCAGUGGACUGGAUAUUCUUCUACCAGCAAUCUGAAAGAGCAAACCGAGAUCCAGAGACUUUGGCUGCACUCAUCAUAAAGAGCCUGAAACAAUCAUCUUAAUAACUGGGGCUGGGCUGUCGUUUCCCACGCCUGUGGCUGGCUGGCUAAUGUGUCUAAAGAAGGAACCACACAGCCACGAGGAUCACUAGUCACGCAAGUCAAAUACUCACAAUCAUUCUUAUUUUGGCAGGCAGUCCAGAUAAGCCAAAACAUUUGUUUAAUGUAUGGGACUUUGUAUGUUCAAAUCUCAAUCUCUUAUUGCAUGUUAGUUAAGGAGAUGAGGUGUGACAGGCAGUUUGUGGUGUUCCUUAUUGUUCUGUUGUGUUCUGCUCUAGGUUGUGUGGGGUCUACCACAGUGACAGACAGCCAACCAGGGGUAGCUUAUCCGGACACUGUUGAGGACACAGGUUAUGUCUGGGUGAUUCUGGCUCAUAUCACCAUGAUGGGGAGUCAGAUGUGCCCGGGCUUCUCUGUCCACUGUGCCCUUGCCUGACAGACCACACCUCUCUCCUGCCUCCCUUCCUGGCCUGGCACAUGGCAAACAUACCAGAUUACUCAAUGCCAACGGACAGCUUAAGACGCGACAGCUGCCCCUGCAUCUUGAAUGUCUGUCCAUUACAUUCCCAGAAGUGUUCAAAGGGAGGUGACAUUUGCUGUGUAGUGCCUAUAAACCCGCUACCUGCUGUCCUUGUUCCUACUUAUUCCAUACCCCCCCCCCCCCCCCCCCCCCCCCCCCCGUCCUGCAAUGGCAAAGACCCAACAUGGGGCACCAGCAAAGCCAAAUAGCACGCUGCGCUUGACAUUCAUCAUUUAUUAAUGUGCCUUGCUUUAAUUGCAGGUGGAGAGCCUCUCACAGUGGUUAACUGUGGGGAAGGAAGGCCCUCCUGCCUCGGCCCCACACUUACUAACUCAGCACGCUGGGCUGUGCUCAAUGCUGGGGUUAUAUAACCCUGGUGACACUCAGCUGCCUGCCUGCCUGCCGCCUAACUGGGUUUUCCUAUCCUGUCCCUCUCCACACACUACCCCCUACUCCCUACUCACUACUCACUACUACCUGCUCUGCUUAUAGGCUGAGAGGGAGGAUGUGCAGUCAUUAUGCACUAACUUGGAGUGGGGUGGAGGAGGGCUUUGAUUGGUGUGUGUCUGAUUGAAGAUCCCUUCAAGCACAACCUCUGGUCUAAUCCUUGGAUAGUGAGAAGUAUAGUGAGAUGUCAUUGUGGGAGAUGCUGAACUACGAAUUCCUAGAGAUACAAUGAUUUGUCAAUGUGAAAAUCCCCUUAAUCAAGUAUGGACAAGAUUGUAUUUUCACAUUUUGUGUAGUAUUCAGUACAGACAACCACACAUUGUUUUUACUCAUAGCCAUUUCAAGACAGCAUCUCUGUUUUAAUAUAUCUGGAUUGGGAUUCAUUUAUCUGCAUAAGCAGCAAUAGCAAUGAUACAUUUAGUCUUCAGUAGCGCAGCUGUGGCUGACAUUAAUGGUAAGGUCCUUGAUAUCCACACUGUUAUUUCUCAAAAUUAAUCCCCCAGGACAAGCAGCGAGGUAAACCUGGAUCAAUGCUGGUGCUCGCAGACAAGGUCAGUGAUUGCUGAAGCCCGGGCUUACAUUUCUCUCUCAGGUUGUAUUUCCACUACUUUGAACACCUCAGUGACUCGACAUUGGUCUAAAUACUGAGGGAUCGGUUUGUGCUAGCAGCUGUCAGGAAAGUGGUGUUUCGUGCAGACUUGAUUUUUUACAGACUAAAUAGCAUCUCACAUCUUUUAGAUUUGGAGUGGAAUUUGAAGCCAAUGAUGAUGUUACACAAAAAGUCUUACAUUAAUCAUCCUGAAUCAUCCUAUGCUCAAGGCACACACUGCAUAAUAGAGAGAUACAGUGGAGUUGGAAUAUUAAUAAACUCAUAGUGUGAAAAGUAAGUAGGGACUUUGCCAAAUUAUAUCCGCAGAAUGUGACUGGCCUAUUUGUGCCUUAGAGUAGACUUGCCCCAAAUACACUCCAGCAUCUCCCUCCAUCUGGCAGCCAAUAUAAAGAUCUUCAAGCCCCGCCCCAUCACUCUCUAGUUACCACACUCAACCACCAUUAUCACACUGAGAAAGAGAGAAGAGGUGGGCCUCAAUGACCACUUUGAUGGUGUUGUUUAUGCCUAGUGCUAAUUAUACUGACAUCUUAUGGUAAUCGGGCCUCAUUUCAAACCUAAAUCAACCCUUCGAAGUUUCCUAUUACUCAACCUGGCUCUUAUGCACUGAGUUAGACAGCCAGCAGACCUGAAUUUACACACAAGAUAACAGUUUACGACUGAACAUCAACAGAACAGCUCUCCUCAGGGAGUUGGAAGCCAUUAUACCUGCUAGGAGUGGUGCUCCACAUGCAUUUCAAUUUGGAAACCUCUCCAUUUUAACUAAGUCUCUCUGUCUCAGUCCAUUUCAUUCUGAGCUGCUUGGCAAUUACUCAGCUGGCACAAACAUGCCACAACAGGAUGGGAGGAAGGGAUGUCUUAAACACACUCAUGAAUAUAGUAAUUAAACAUGUUGAUUAAAAAUAAAUUACUGUUGGAAAUGACACUCAUACAGCCUGGAUUCUGCAAUUUAGAAGAAUAAAUCACUUUGAGUCUUGAGUCUGUCUAGAACUAAAAUUCUGGUUCAAAACAAACAAAAAAGGCAACAGUGAGUCAGCUAAUUCCGUAUCUAUGAUAUAAAACCUGUUAGUGUUAUAACUAACAUAUCAUAGCGGCGCUAAAUCCUACAGCGGCGCUAAAUCCUACAUAGAACCAAAGCACUAUUAAUAUGCAAUGUCUGGCUUGGCUGUAAAUACAGAGAUGGUUAGCCGACCACAGGCUGAGUAAUGCUUCUCAUAGAUCCUCUGCCUGGCAAGUCUUCACACAAGUCACCAGUUUAGUAAUGAAAGAAUGCCCAGCCGCCAUGAAGCCUGGCAGUUAGGGUAUAACAGAGAUGUGCUUUUCCCUUGCAGAGCACAAUAUGAAACGCUCUAUCAUGGUGCUGGAAUAGGUAGAAAAUAUGUUAUUUUGAUGAAGAAGCUGCUCUCCUGCCCUGAGCGAUAUCACAGGUGUGCUUUACAGCAAACACAUCUCACUUCAGCUCACACCCUAAAGCAGGGAUGUGAGACAUUGGUUUACGGAUGACGAGGUAUACUGUAUGUGAGUUGCUGUUAUUCACUGACAACUGGAGCUGUUUGCAUUGCCAAACACAAUGUUUUCUGUACAUACAGAAACAGGUUCUUAUGUUAUGAUGAUCCUAAGGUUGGGAAUUACUACAGAGGGUCACUACUGGUAAUAAUGGCUCAGGCAGGCAGUGCUUCUAUUUACCCAUUGAUAUAUACUCCACAUUCUCCCAUUACAUCCCAUCAGACAGAGCCUUUUACUAUUCCAUCUCCCUCCAUGUCUCUCAGGACUCCCGCUCCUCCACUCCACUCUAUCCCUGUGCUACAUCCUUGGUCUAAUUCCAUUUGCCUGUUGAUACAGAUCCCAUUGGGGAAAUCUAAUUGAGAUUCUGAAUUAAAACCUGUUCCACUGUUGUGGUUUGAGACGCAGUCACUGGUCCCUUUGUGUUUUACUAUUAAGGAUAUAGAUUGUAGCCACACAUCGGCUCGAUGGCUGUUAGAAAAAAAAAUAUUUGUUCCCAUCAUGCAGUUGUAGUGCAAUCUACUGUGACAGUGCAUCAAAAUGAUCAUUGUAUAACCCGAGCUGACAUAAAGUGCUGACGUUCAGCUCGCAGUGCAAACAAGGACGAAGGUUUUAUGUGCAGUUUUUGAAAAGGUCACAGUUGAGACUUUUUCCAUUUUCAGGGAUAAUAAUAAUGUAACGCUGUCUGUCACCUUCGGACAAGAUUUUCUUGAAAAUUGAGAUGUAACUGUGAGGCUGUCUAUCAAAGCAUUGUCUCGUCAUUGUCAGAGACUCAGGGAUUAAGACUGUAGGACAGUGAAGUAAUAUUCAGUUUGAGGGAGGACAAAUAAAACAAUGACAUUCAUUAUUGAAAUAUAAAUUAUUUUUAACCUGGAUGUAAUUUUUGUAUUGUUUCAGUGAUUAUGUAAGGGAGAAGGAAUGAGGGGGCUAUACGUUCAAUGGAAAAUAAUGAACAAGUAAAAAAAUAUAUAUACAGUGCCUUGCAAAAGUAUUCAUCCCCCUUGGCGUUUUUCCUAUUUUGUUACAUUACAACCUGUAAUUUAAAUGGAUUUUUAUUUGGAUUUCAUGUAAUGGACAAGCAAGCAUCACCAUGAAGACCAAGGAGCUCUCCAAAUAGGUCAGGGACAAAGUUGUGGAGAAGUACAGAUCAGGGUUGGGUUAUAAAAAAAUAUCUGAAACUUUGAACAUCCCACGGAGCACCAUUAAAUCCAUUAUAAAAAAAUUGAACGAAUUUGCCACCAUAACAUACCUGCCAAGAGAGGGCCGCCCACCAAAACUCACAGACCAGACCAGGCCAUUAAUCAGAGAGGCAACAAAGAGACCAAAGAUAACCCUGAAGGAGCUGCAAAACUCCACAGCGGAGAUUGGAGUAUCUGUCCAUAGGACCACUUUAAGCCGUACACUCCACAGAGCUGGGCUUUACGGAAGAGUGGCCAGAAAAAAGCCAUUGCUUAAAGAAAAUAAUAAGCAAACACAUUUGGUGUGGGACUCCCCAAACAUAUGGAAGAAUGUAUUCUGGUCAGAUGAGACUAAAAUUGAGCUUUUUAGCCAUCAAGGAAAACACUAUGUCUGGCGCAAACCCAACACCUCUCAUCACCCAGAGAACACCAUCCCCACAGUGAAGCAUGGUGGUGGCAGCAUCAUGGGGAUGUGGGGAUGUUUUUCAUCGGCAGGGACUGGGAAACUGGUCAGAAUUGAAGGAAUGAUGGAUGGCGCUAAAUACAGGGAAAUUCUUGAGGGAAACCUGUUUCAGUCUUCCAGAGAUAUGAGAAUGGGACGGAGAUUCACCUUCCAGCAGGACAUACUGCUAAAGCAACACUUGAGUGGUUUAAGGGGAAACAUUUAAAUGUCUUGGAAUGGCCUAGUCAAAGCCCAGACCUCAAUCCAAUUGAGAAUCUGUGGUAUGACUUAAAGAUUGCUGUACACCAGCGGAACCCAUCCAACUUGAAGGAGCUGGAGCAGUUUUGCCUUGAAGAAUGGGCAAAAUCCCAGUGGCUAGAUGUGCCAAGCUUAUAGAGACAUACCCCAAGAGACUUGCAGCUGUAAUUACUGCAAAAGGUGGCUCUACAAAGUAUUGACUUUUGGGGGGGGGGGGGGGGGGGGGGGGGGGGUGAAUAGUUAUGUACGCUCAAGUUUUCAGUUUUUUUGUCUUAUUUCCUGUUUGUUUCACAAUAAAAAAAUAUUUUGCAUCUUCAAAGUGGUAGGCAUAUUGUGUAAAUCAAAUGAUACAAACCCCCCAAAAAUUCUUUUUAAUUCCAGGAUGUAUGGCAAGCCACUGUAUAUAUUUGCUGCACUUUGUUUAGUUUGACCUGUUUUCUAUUGAUACUUCUUUGUAUAUAUCCAUAAAAUGAUGCUAAUUCAUGAUUUCGACUGGCUGAGAGGAGCUUCCUGCCUCCCUUACGAAAACAGAUUGCAGUCAGAGUGCAGUAUAACUGCAGUACACUGCAGUAUAACUGCAGUUAGAGUGCAGUAUAACUGCAGUUAGUCUGCAAUUACUGCGUCCAAAAUACCACAGUCGAUUGCAGUUACUGCGCUUUUACUACAGUUUCAAAACUGAAAAAAAAAAUUGUAAGGGCUGUCUAUCUCAUCCUGACUCCCGACUCGCUCAAUACUAUGGGACAGCUGGAGAUCGAAUUUUAAUAUUGAAACAACGUUGCAAAUGUCGGCGAGACAGACAGCAAGGUUUAUUCAUAAUGUUAGUUUAAAAGACGUGAGAUAAUGUCUAGAUGCUUUUUAUAGUGGAGAUCAAGUUUAUAAAUUGCCUGGCUGGGCUGAUGAGACAGUGGAUUGCGCGGUCAGAUGGAACAGGGUAAAUAGGCAUUUUAACGUCAUAGAUUUAGCCGGUGGUAACGUGGAAUAGACACCGGCUGGAAUGUGGUAUUAACCAAUCAGCAUUCAGGAUUAGACCCCCCCUUUGUAUAAAGGGAAAUAAUGCACGCUCUAGAAUGCCCUUCAAGCCAAUCAGAAACAAGUAUUCAACAAUGCCAUAGUAUAAAGCCCUUUAUUCUAGUCUAUGAUAUCAAAAGGCUAAAGCAUAAAAUAUGCAAAGUACAAAUAAAAAAGGUAAUACAUAAAGAUGCAAAGUAUUUUGUAAUAUGAAUAUUAAUUAAUCAUAGAUUUCAUUAUUAAUUUAUUUGCUAAAUUCAUGACAAUCAGUAAUAGAAAUAAAAAUCAGAGGGAAACAACCCUAAUAUUUUCACACUAGGAAGUGACAUCACAUGUCAUGAAUUUGUCAACAUGUUAAAGGCACGCCUCCUUCAUAGCAUGAGAUAAACCCUGGCACAUUCUGAGACAGACAAACAUUCGAUUGACUGCUACUGUGCUAAGUUCAGGACUGUCAUCUGCAUGAAUAUGACUUCUCCACGGACAUUUGGAUUCUUUCUCAAUAGCAACAGAGCAUCGGGACCCAGCUGGGGAGUGUUUUGUCGAGCUCUGCUCUGCCGGCGAGUUGCAGAGCACAGGGAGGUAGAGAGGGAAUAAAAAAAAAACUUGUAUACACUAAAGCUGUGUUACUGUGGGAUUGUCUAUCCUUUUAGAUCAGCAGGCAGAUCAGAUCGACAGGCAUUCCCACACAGAGACCAGAGACAAAUGGAGGGAUGCAAAAAUGUCCCUCUUCCCUUGAUCUGCCUGAGACUGACUUACCCUGGCGCGUAUCCUUUUGUGUCAGAGACCAAGGCGUCCUCCUCAGUCAACCCCCCAAGAUCGACUGUGGGUUAACCCGGCGGACAGAGCCCCCUCCUCAGCCCCCCUCCCCAUUGUCUGUGCCGCCAGUUUCUCUCUAUUCCUGCUUCUCUAUAGUUUAUAUUUACCUUUGCUAAGCUACCUUCCUCUUUCUGCUAAGCUCUCUUUCUCUCUCCCUCUAUCACUCUCUCUCGCUCUCUCCCUCCCACUUCUUGCCAUCUCCCUCCCCUAGCUUCUUCAAAGCCAGCAGUUUGCUAUUCUAUCCAGGCUGCUUGCUACAUGAUCUCUUGGAACACAGCGCUCAACGCUGCUCUCUCGCUGCCUGAUGCCGGAGCUGUCUCAGAUUUUCAUCUCAAGAACGGCAGGAUGCUCCUGCACAGGGAUUGAUCCCCCCUUUUCCCCUCUCGUUCUCCCCUUCCCCUCCCCUUUCCUAAUCUCCCGCCCUCUGACCCUCACCCCCGCUUCUCUUUCCCGACACCCCUUGCCAUUCUUUCUCACCCCAAGCCUCCUCUGCCCCUCUCUGCUCUUACCCCCUUGACCAUGUUGCCAUGUGUCUGCUGGCUCCAUCCUCUCCUUGUCUUGCUGUCCUCUGUCUUAUGGGCUCAGGGAGAAAACUGCCCAACGAGCUGCCUGUGCCCAGAUCCCCACACUGUGGACUGCAGCGGCCGUGGACUCACCCGUCUUCCUGAUGAGAUCCCCUUGGAUGUCCGCAGGCUCCUUCUGUCUGACAACUGUAUCCCCCGCAUUCCCUCUGACUUCCUAGUGCUCUACAGUGACCUGGUCUACCUGGACCUGCGGAACAACUCUUUGUCCCACAUCGAGCCGGGCACCCUCAGCACCUCUUCCAGGCUGGUGUUUCUGGACUUGGGCAGCAACAACCUGACUGAGAUCCCCUCGGGGACCUUUGGGCAGUCCCGUAGCCUGAUCAAACUCCGCCUGGACAACAACCCCUAUCUGAGCAUGGUCAACGAGGAUGCGUUCCUGGGCCUCACCUCCCUGCGUGAACUGGAGCUGGAGCGUAACGCCCUGUCUGGCCUUCAGGUGGGGGCGCUGAGCCAGUUGCCCUCUUUACGGGUGUUGAGACUGGAGGGCAACCCUUGGGUGUGCAACUGCAACUUUGCCAACCUGUUUGCAUGGCUGGAGGAAAACAGUCACAAGCUUCCAAAUGGUAAGUGUCUUCGUCAGUGGGAUGUCACUUUACUUACAGCUUGCUUGACCUAAAUAAAGGAAAGUCGUGCACCAUUAAGAUUAUAUUAUUUUAGCAAAUCCUCUGCCAUGCCAUUGCUGUGUGUUCUAUUUAUAUUUUCCCAGUAGAAAGAGGAACCCCUUCCUCUGUUCUAAUUUUGGCUCCCUCUUUCUUUUCCCAACCUGAACCCACAGUGCCAGGGAGAGUAAUGAAAGACAAUGAGAGACGGGCUCUAGGGGGAGACCUUCAGGGGGAUGGUCUCAGAUACAUUUCACUACAGACUGUCUGCAGCUUCAUCCACAUCAGCAAAACAAACACAACAACAGAAAGUCAACACCUCAUGUUUAUGAUUCUGCUUGAGCAUGAGAUUUAUGUUGCCAUGGCUGUGUGUGUAGUGUACUGUCCAAGCCAAACACCUGCCUCUCCCCUCAGGCCG